AUGUGUAUCAAGGAAAUGUGUGUUUGGACAUGGCUCAUUUUAGAGUUGUUCCUCUUCUCUGUUAAUGGGGAAACAUCAGGACCAUUUUUCAUAGUAACGUUUCCUGCAGUGAUUGAGUCGGGCUCUCAGGCCAGACUGUGCGUCAGUCUUUACAAACCAAAUGAGACCCUUUCGAUGAGCAUUCAUCUGGUAAAUGAUCGCCUUAACACGUUGUUGUACGAGACCAGGUCUAAGAGAGGAUUUCAUCGCCGCAUUUACUUCCAGGCUCCACAGGUAGUGGGAGAAUCUGUGCAGAAAAUAAAGACCGUAAUAAAGGGGGAGUCUUUUAUUGUGACUGAGGAGAGCAAAGUCCUCUUUAAAAGUUACAACAAUUUGACAUUUAUCCAAACGGAUAAACCCAUCUAUAAUCCAGGACAAACCGUGUUGUUCAGAGUUGUAACCAUGGAUGGCAAUUUUGUGCCUCUUGAUCAAAUGUACAGUAUGGUUGUGGUGGAGGACAAUCAGAAUAACCGGAUUGGCCAGUGGACAAAUGUUUCCUCCUCAAGGUGGAUCUUGCAGCUUUCUCAUGAAUUAAACCCAGAAGCUCCACCAGGCAUGUACACUCUGAUGGCUUUUAUUGGUGACUGGAUGGUAAAAUGGCCUUUUGAGGUGAAAAAGUAUGUUUUACCCAAGUUUGAUGUCACUUUGAAAGUGCCACAGACCCAGAGUGUUGGUGAAGUUGGACUGAAAAUUGAGGUUUGUGGAAGGUACACAUUUGGGCAACCUGUUCCUGGGAAAACACUGGUUCAAGUGUGUCGUAAUCCUUUUGACUAUGGCACUGUUCCUGGGGUGGUUUCUCUUUGUUUGAAUAAAACUGCUGAGAUGAAUGCGACUGGUUGUGCCUCAGUUAUGUUCCGUAUAUCUGACUUCUUGAGCUCCAGUUUUGAGAACUAUCUGCAAGAUGUUCUCCUAGUUAAUGCAAGUGUAACCGAGGAAGGAACGGAUAUAGUCAUGACAAAAUCUGAAACCAUAUCCCUGACUUAUGAAAUUGGAAGGGUCUUGUUUACGGAGAUUCCGGAGUUCUUUACACCUGGAUCCGUUCUAAAGGGAAAGGUCAGUGUUUCUAGUUUCAACGGGACCCCAAUUCCAGGCAAAGCUGUCUAUAUCUUGGGACGUUGGAGCUGGCCCCCAAUACAGCUCCAGAGUCUUAACACUGAUCGCAAUGGACUGGCAUCCUUCUCCAUCAAUACUCCUAGUUUUCCAAACGAUGAUGUUCUUCUGAUGGCUAGUGUUACUCCAGAUGUUUUUAAUGGCUACAAAAAGGUGUACUUCACAUCAGCUGAGAGGACUGUUCAGAUUUUUCAAAAAUCUGCUCCCACUACCCCAACAAUGAGUACACUCACUAUCGUACAGCUUGAGCAACCCCUGAAGUGUGGUAGUUCAUUUCCAGUAACCAUCAAAUAUUAUUUUGUUGGAGAGACAUUUGACCUUGUCUACAGCACAGACAUAGUCUAUAUGGUCUUGUCCAAAGGAGUGAUUGUUGAACAUGGAUACCAAAAGGUUGAAGUGACUGCUUCUAAUGCAGUGUUGAGUGGCACGGUGUCUUUCCAGCUCUCUGUUGAACCUAAUCUGGCUCCAGUAGUGCAGAUUCUGGCAUACUGUUUUCUACCAAGUGCAAGUGUAGUUGCUGAUGGCAUAGAUUUUGUCACUGAAUACUGUUUAAGAACCAAGGUGUCCUUGCAGUUCUCUCCAGCUAAUGCAGUUCCAGGUGAGAACAACACUAUAAAUCUCUCUGCUCAACCUGGUUCAGUUUGUGGCCUCAGUGCUGUGGAUCAGAGUGUGCUGAUUUUGGAGCCAGGAAGACGUUUGAAUGCUGAAGCGAUCUUCAAUUUGCUGCAAGUGCGGGCACACUCAGGUUAUCCUUAUGAUGUAGAAGAUGAACCAGGAUGCCUGCCUGUUGGACCCCGGCUGCCUUUGAAACCUGUUCUUGCUUCUGCACGCCGAAGCAUUUUGCCUUGGCCAUUACCUCAGGGCAAUACCCAGGCCUAUUACAGGUUUAAGAAUAUGGGGCUGAAGAUUGCAACAAAUUUGGCUGCCCUGAAACCACAGUGCAACAACUUUGAUUUGAUGGUCUUGCGUCGUCCUGAAGCCAUGGCUGCUGGACCGGGUGCAGGCUCUGCUAGUUCACAUUUUGAAGUGACCGUUCGGACAUUCUUUCCAGAGACGUGGAUUUGGCUACUUGCUGAUGUGGGGGCUUCUGGAAAAGCACAGGUUACGGUCAAGGUUCCUGACACAAUCACCACUUGGGAGACGGAGGCCUUCUGUCUGUCGCCCAAAGGUCUGGGUCUGGCUUCUCCAGCAAAGCUAACUGUUUUUCAGCUUUUCUUCCUUGAGCUGUCUCUGCCUUACUCUGUAAUCCGCGGGGAAAGCUUUGAGCUGAAGGCCACUGUCUUCAACUAUCUGACCAAGUGCAUCAUGGUCACUGCAACGCCAGCGGCUUCCUCUAGCUACACUCUUCAAGCCAACUCUCCUCCUUAUUCCUCCUGUCUCUGUGCCAAUCGGCGGAAUACCUUUAAAUGGACCCUUAUUCCCCUUGUUCUUGGAGUUUUGAAUGUGACCGUUAGUGCACAGGCUGUGCAGUCUCGGACUCGGUGUGGCAAUGAGGGCGUGAUUGUGCCACAGAGAGGACGCAUUGACAUAGUCACUCGAAGUCUACUUGUACAGGCUGAAGGUGUUGAGAGGACACAUACCUACAAUUGGUUGCUGUGUCCAAAGGAAAGCGGUGUCUUUGAGGAGGUGAUGCUGACUGUACCUGCAAAUGUGAUUAAGGGAUCCAUCAGAUGUUCGGUUUCAGUUGUUGGAGACAUAUUGGGCCGUGCAUUAAAGAAUCUAAAUGGAUUGGUGAAGAAGCCAUCUGGCUGUGGAGAACAGAACGCUGCAAUAUUUUGUCCCAUUAUUUACGUUCUUGACUACCUGGUGUACACACAGCAGCUUGAGACUGAAAUCCGUGAGAAGGCCUUUAACUUCCUGAGGAUUGGAUACCAGAGAGAACUGAACUACAGACAUUCAGAUGGUUCUUACAGUGCAUUUGGUACUGGUCAAGGGAAUACAUGGUUGACUUCAUUUGUCCUCCGGUGUUUCGGCAAAGCACAGAGAUACAUAUUUAUUGAUCCAAAUGUUAUCUUGAGUGCAAGGAACUGGUUGGUAAGUAGGCAGGGUCCAGAUGGCUGUUUUGCACAAGAGGGAAUUCUUUACCACCAAGAAAUGAAGGGUGGUGUAGAUGAUAAUGUGACCAUGACUGCCUACAUUAUGAUAACUUUGCUUGAACUUCAAACUCCAGUCUCUGAUCCAGUAGUUGUCAGGGGCUUGUCCUGCUUGAGGCCUGUCACUGGGAAUAUAAUGAACGCUUACACCACUGCUCUGCUUGCCUACGCUUUCAGCCUCUCUGGAGAAACGACCACUCGUCAGACUCUUUUAACAAAGUUGGAUAAUAUUGCCAUCACAACUGGAGGUCUUCACUGGGCUCAGAUUGUAUCUGGUGCUCAAUCAUCUGGUUCUUUGGAAGUGGAGAUCAGCUCAUAUGUGCUUCUAGCUGUUCUCACUGUAGAUCAACUCUCUGCAGCUGACCUCGGCUAUUCUAACAGGAUUGUCCGCUGGCUUGUGCAGCAGCAGAAUCCCAGUGGAGGAUUCUCCACCACUCAGGACACAGUGGUGGCACUUCAGGCUCUAUCCUUGUAUGCCAGAGGUUUCCGCUCAAGUGGAUCCAGCACCGUAACCAUAUCGUCAGUGGGAGAAACAUACCAAUUUGUUGUGACUAGGACAAACCAGCUGCUGUACCAGGAGAAGCCACUGAAGAACGUUCCAGGCAAAUACAGUAUUGUUGUGACUGGCUCUGCUUGUGUGUCUGUGCAGAUCGCCUUGUUUUACAACAUCCCAACACCUGCUCUGACAACCAAAUCGUUGAGUGUUGCAGCUAAGGUCAGCGGAGACUGCCUUGCAUCGCUUGGACUAAACCUAAUGCUGAACUUCACUGUCAAAUACAGCGGGACACAAGCAAAUACCAAUAUGGCAAUCGUGGACAUUAAAAUCCUAUCGGGGUUCACGGCAGACACCUCAAUGCUUGGAACUCCACCCAAUUCAUACGCACCACUUGUGGAGCGUGUCGAGUAUAAUGGGGAUCAUGUCAUAGUGUAUUUGACAGGGGUUCCAAAAGAUAUUCCUGUGAGUUACAGCCUACAACUGACAAGAGCUGUUCAAGUGAAGAAUAUCAAGCCAGCUGUGAUCCAAGUCUAUGACUACUAUGAACCAAGUGACCAGUCGGAGACUACAUACUCCUCCCCCUUGUGUGACGCACUUCCUCUUUGAAUUCAAUAAAAAUAUUUGUGUAC